AUGCUGCGCCACGUGCUGUGCGUGUUGGCCCUCGCGCUGUGCUGCUGCACGUCUGUGUGCGUGGCUGCUGCUGCUGCAGCUGCUGGUGCAUCUGAGCGGAUAAGUAUAUUGGGUCUUUUGAAUGACGUCUCGAUUAUAAACCUGACGGAGAGGUUCGAUGCCGACAGCUGCAAACCGCCGUCAAAUCCACUGAACGAAGGUGUCCGUGAGGUUACCAUUACCACAACGCCUACGUUGACGAAGCAGGGUAAAUCAGGUGUAUUCCUAGGGCAGACAGAAUUACAGAAAAAGAUCACCGUUCCCGCUGGGUACAACGUUGAACUGAAAAACUCACUUGAUAAGUGCAUGAAGAAAGGUAGUGCUGCUGCUGGUGCUGCGGCGACUGAAACAAGCUGCACGUUUGACGGCAGUGAAGCGGACACCGACCGCAUCACCUACAAUGUCUCUGUGGGCACCACUGCAACUGACUCCGACAAGAAAACGAACAUUGGAAAAGAAGGUAUUGUCACAGUCCCCGAUGGGUACAGCAUCACAUCGUUCGUGACGGUUUUGAUCAAAUGCACUCCGCCGCCCGCAGUCCAGCCACCUCCCCCGGCUGCAAUGCCCCCAGCUCCUGGCGCAAAAAAGGAGGGAUUGAAUGACACCGAAGGCUCUGCAAAGGCGUCUUCCCUCGGGAGUCCUCCACGUCACAGAAACACCAUCAGUGAGGAGAACGGAAAACCGAGCACAAAGGCACAGGACUUAUCUGAGAAGCCUGACACCACCGCCAACGUUGUCGCCUCAACUUCCAGCGAGGCAGAGAGCAAAGAAACAGACAACUCCUUCACAGUGAAUGGCGCCGAUCACACUGCCCCCACAGCCACACCUCAAUCAGAGACCACCACCGAAGGGGCUCCCAACACUGACGCCGGUAUGUCCACCUCUGCGGGAGAGGGCGUGAAGCUUCCUGACCGCAACACCGACGCCAGCAGCAGCAGCAGUGCGUGGGCGCGUGCCCCAAUACUGUUGCUGCUUGCCUGCGUGGCCGUGUGGUAA